AUGGUAUAAAGUCAGCCUCCUUCGUAUGUGAACAUAUCAUAUUUUGGAACUCAUCUGAGUGGAAUCAUCAUGAAGAUAGGUGUCCUGCUCUUCCUCGCCGUGCUUGCCGCUGUAACUAAAGGUUCCAUUGUUCCUUUGGGUUGCUUCAGCGAUACAGCUAAUAACCGAGGUCUGAAAGAUUAUCUUGGGAAUGUUGUAAGAUUCAACGGAGAAAACGCUAAACAGGUGGUGACCAGCUGCCUCGACAUGGCAAGGUCCCGGAACAUGUUGUACUUUGGUAUCCAGAACCAGGAGGAGUGCUGGGCAUCUGCGGAACCUAAGGGGACUUUCAACAAACACGGUUGUGCAAGCAACUGUGUUACUGACCGGAAAUAUAAUCUAGGAAUUGGCGAUCACUGGUCUAACUAUGUCUACAUGGUAGAGCAAGAGUGGAGCACUUGUAGCAAAACAUGCGGCAGUGGUAAGCAGUCUCGCUUUGAGCCGGUCAGUGGUGCUGAUUUAUGCACUAAAGGAACAAUUGCGGCAGAAAGGAAGACAAAGAAAUGUAACCUUACACCAUGCAGAGUUAACGGCGGCUGGAGUGCCUACUCUUCCUGGUCCUCGUGUACCAAGAGCUGCGGAGGUGGAACUCAGACACGAACUCGCACAUGCACCAACCCCAAACCCUCAAAUGGCGGUAGAGACUGCCGGGGAGAUCCCAAGAAGACUAGGAAAUGCGGUAUAGCACCCUGCCCAGAGUAUGAAAAGCUAAAUGGUGAUCAUCCCGUGUGUUUCGAGGCCAAGGAACGGGUUUACGCCAGCGUACGAGUGCCACAUGAGGGGUACAUUCACUCGAUCAAACUCGUUUAUCGCAGUGGUAAAGUCACAUGUGCCCCCGGCCAUGGGCAGAUAUGGCUGAUUAAGGAGAGGAGACACUGGACCAAAUGGGGCUGCAAUAAUUUGCCAGUUUUGCUGCUCGGGUUUUAUAUGGGUACGUUUAUUACCGACUCUGACGAUCGGAAAGUUCUGCCAGAAACAGGAAAAGAUGAUGGCCAGGCAGAGUUUAAACUCCUCGACAACAAAUGGUAUAAGCUCAGGGGCUACAACGAAAAUUCAAACGAAAUCGUCCUCAAACGCGAGCAUAGGUUCCAUGUCCGUGCCAACGACGAGCUGAGGGUGUGGUACGGGGAAGCCUUGUACAAAUUGUUCACGUUUGACAACGAAGGAAGUGUCUGUGUUGAUGUCUAUAUCAAGUACGAAAAAUCGCUCUAGAGGAUCACAGCAUGUAACGACCAAACAACAAGCACAAAUUCUACCCUCUAUUCCCUUGCCGAUGUACAAGCCCACAUGUUAACAAAUUCCUCACGGGAACAAUCCUUGAAUAAAUGUUGUUUGAGCAGAAAAAAAA